GCCCCUCGGUGAGUCCGUGACCUCGGCAGCACAGGAAGAAGAACACGCCGCGGCGCCCGCUCACGCUGUCCCGUUGGUGGUAACUGGCUGGCUAACUAUCGCUUGGUUGUAGAUCAUGGCUGCUUCCAAGCCAGUCGAGCCGCAGUCCGGGACCGGACUCCCCCGCUGGCAGCUGGCCCUGUUGGUCGGGACCCCGAUAGUCCUGGGGGUCGGGGCGGUGUACCUCUGGAACCGCGGCCGGACGAAGGACGGCAAGCGGAACGGGGAGCGCAAGACGCCAGAAGGCAGCGCCAGCCCGGUGCAGGGCCAAGACGGCGCACCCCCCGCUAGCCGAGAGCAGGAGAACAUGAGUCCGUUGGAUCGAGCCCAAGCAGCCAAGAACAAGGGAAACAAGUACUUCAAGGCCGGCAAGUACGAGAACGCCAUCCAGUGCUACACGGAGGCCAUCGGCCUCUGCCCCACCGAGCAGAAGACCGACCUGUCCACGUUUUACCAGAACAGAGCGGCAGCCUACGAGCAGCAGAUGAAAUGGACAGAAGUGGUUCACGACUGCUGUCAGGCCGUGGAGAUGAAUCCUCGCUACGUGAAGGCCCUGUUCAGAAGAGCCAAAGCGCUGGAAAAGCUAGACAACAAGAGAGAAUGUCUAGAAGACGUCACAGCGGUUUGCAUCCUCGAGGCCUUCCAGAACCAGCAGAGCAUGUUGCUAGCGGACAAGGUGCUGAAGCAGCUGGGGAAGGAGAAGGCCAAAGAUAAAUACAAGAACCGCGAGCCGAUGAUGCCUUCGCCUCAGUUCAUCAAAUCCUACUUCAGCUCCUUCACCGAUGACAUCAUCUCACAGCCGCUGCAGAAGGGCGAGAAGAAGGACGAAGACAAGGACAAAGAGGGCGAGGCGGCUGAGGUCACUGAGAGCUCCGGGUACCUGAAGGCCAAGCAGUACAUGGAAGAGGAGAACUACGACAAGAUCAUCAGCGAGUGCACCAAGGAGGUCGACUCCGGGGGCCGAUACACCGCGGAGGCCCUGCUGCUGCGGGCCACCUUCUACCUGCUGAUCGGAAACGCCACCGCCGCCCAACCCGACCUGGACCGGGUGAUCACCAUGCAGGACGCCAACGUGAAGCUACGAGCCAACGCUCUGAUCAAGAGGGGGAGCAUGUACAUGCAGCAGCAGCAGCCCAUGCUCUCCACGCAAGACUUCAACAUGGCCGCCGAAAUCGACACGAGCAACCCCGACGUCUACCACCACAGGGGCCAGCUGAAGAUCCUGCUGGACCAGGUGGACGAGGCGGUGGGAGACUUCGACGAGUGCAUCGUGCUGAGACCCGACUCCGCUCUCGCUCAGGCCCAGAAAUGCUUCGCUCUGUACAGACAAGCGUACACAGGAAACAACCCGUCUCAGGUCCAGACGGCCAUGGACGGCUUCGAGGACGUCAUCAGGAGGUUCCCCAAGUGUGCCGAGGGCUACGCUCUCUACGCUCAGGCUUUGACCGAUCAGCAGCAGUUUGGGAAAGCGGACGAGAUGUACGACAAGUGCAUCGUGCUGGAACCAGACAACGCCACCACAUACGUCCACAAGGGUUUAUUACAGCUUCAAUGGAAACAAGACCUCGACUUGGGGCUUGAACUCAUCAGCAAGGCCAUCGAGAUUGACAACAAAUGUGACUUUGCUUAUGAGACCAUGGGAACCAUCGAGGUUCAAAGGGGGAAUCUGGACCGGGCGAUAGACAUGUUCAACAAGGCCAUCAACCUGGCCAAGUCCGAGAUGGAGAUGGCCCAUUUGUACUCGUUGUGCGACGCGGCGUACGCGCAGACCGAGGUGGCGAGGAAGUACGGCCUGAAGCCGCCGACGCUGUAACGCCUCGCUUGGAUUCCCGUCGCCAAACUGGACCUCCGUCGCUCCACCCAACUACGUCAACAUGCAACUUCGCUUCUGGUUUGCAAAAAAAAAAAAAAAAAAGUACUGGAUGAUGAAAGGAAAAAGUAAGACCCCUGAGAUAAUAGAUAUAUAUAAAUAAACAAAUGUGUUUACAUCACAUCAAAGGGGGUUUCAAGCCUUUUUGUUGCCCAGACACUUACAUGGAAGUCCAUGUAUUCCUGUCUAAAUUAAUAGUAACUAUGCGACAUGUAAGUGAACGGAAACCUGCCCAGUUUGUUGAAAACUGACUCUUUUAAAUCUACAGAGAUACUUUGGGAGCUUUACGUAGUUUGAAUGUUCACUCGUUAAUUUAUGCGGAUCUAAAGUGUUGAUGUUUCUGUUUUUCCCUCCUGUCAUGUGUAACUACGCUAUCGGUUCUGAAUGCAAGAUUAAAAGUAUAGUCCAACGUGAAAUGUGUGUUUGUAAUGCUGGAGUUGUUCCCAUGGAUACGGGGCUACAGAGAGGUUUAGUUUUUUUUUUUUAAUCAUGGGACGGCCUGUUUCCUUAUUUUCACCACCUCGGUGCAGCAUGCUCACUCUAUGAAUACGUGCACGUGCGACGCUCGUGCAUCUUGAACACUAGGAAAACCCAACGAAGGCCGACUGUUUGGGGGAAAAAACACUUUUGAUUAGAAAGAAAACACGUCUUUAGUUUUUUGGAAAUGUGAUUUUUGAAUUGCGUCUUGUGUCAGAACAUAAUGUCACAAGGGAUUGGAUAUUCAGUGUUUUUUUUCCUAGCUUGUUCUUAAUAGGUUUUUUUUUCUAUUGUAAAUGUUUAUUUGUCAUGUCUCAUUUGACAGAGUAAGAGAUUGGUUUUAUUUUUCUGUCCUUUUCAGAUUUAUAUUCUCAUAACAAGCCUUAUUGUUUCUAAUCUCAUGCAUCUUUUGAGUAUGAAGCGUCCGACCUUGUUCUCAAGUAGCAUCCCUACUUUGUAUGAAUGGAAAAUAAAAUCAGCCACCACUGCUAAAUGUUUGUAAUGUUUAGAAAAAUACUAAUAUUCUUUGACGGGAAUUCAUUUGGCGCUGGUUACGGACACAUUUUCCCGAACGUGUGGCGAACGCUUCGUUUCAGCUGUUGACAACUUCUCCAUGAAACCUUUUGAGAAUCAAGCUGCAAGAAUGUGACGUAAUAAUCAUCAGAUAACUACAUAAUAUUGGCUGUUCAAUUGAAACGACACUGACGUUCAUCAAUAUUUGUGGGGACCAAAGUGAAAGCGAAUCCCUAAUAAAGAUAUAAUUCCUGGAAUGAAUUUUGA